GACACAGGCGGAAGAAUUGUGGGCAGCUGCCUGCUCCUGGAUGGCCGUCUGUGGCCCUGAGAAUCUUGUGCACCCUCACCCACAGACAUCACCGUGUUUCAGAUGGCUGAAAGAGACAAAGCAAAGACAAUGGAGACCACGCUCAGCUCCACAUUCUCCAUCCUUGUGAAGUCUUUGUUGGGAAAAAUUAUUUCUGUGCCAGUAUCUUUGGACGACACUGUGCUGGACUUAAAGAUGAAGCUAUUUGCACUGGAUAGCUAUUUCUACCCCUCUGCGUCAAGACUGAUUCAUGAUGGCUGGCAGUUGACAGAUGAACUAACUCUCAGACAUUACAACAUUACCUCCAACAGCAUUGUAAACCACGUUCUUAGGCUGCGAGGUGGUAGUUCAGCUGCCUUAAAGGGCAAGGAAGAUGUCUCAGCCACAGGUUAUCGAGAACCAGAGUUUCACCUACAGAGUGGUUUACCAGGAAUUGCCUCAAGCAUAAGAAUGGAAGGUGGUUCGGCAGGUGUCACCUCGAUUAUAGAAAUGAAGAGCUAUCUGGCAGGCAUCACCUCAGCAAGUGCAGAGGAAAUCCAGAAAUGGCCACAGUCAGAUGUCCCAGCAGAGGAGAGAAGCUGUUGCUGUGUGAGGCAGGAACUUCAAGAAGUGAGACCGGAGAUAGAUAACUACAUACCGAAGAAACAGAACAUAUACAAAGCUUGUCUCCCUGGACCAGGCAUCUUCCAGUGCUCUGAGACAGGCCUUGUCUUCGAGGUGGAGUCAGCAGCCGGCAUCGUGUACAGAUAUGCCACCUGGAGCACGCAUCUGAAAGAGGCUGACCAGAAUGUGUGGGUACCUGCUGGGCCUCUUUUCAACAUCUGGGCGCUGCCCGGAACCGUGCAGGCUGUGCAUCUGCCCCACUUCAUCUGCCUGUCAGAUGUAGACACCAGUGGAUGCUCUAUUGCCCAUUUUGAAUUCCAGAAGAUGACCAUACAGCAACCAACAAAAGUGAUGGCUUUCUCUGCUGUCCUGAAGAAUCCCAGCUUCUCCCUUCUUGGGGUGGUUUGGAGAAAGUUACGUUCAGCCAUUUCUCUCCCUAUGCACUCCUUGGUGCUGAUCUUCCAGCAGCUCUCUGCUGCAAAUACAACCCUGCAUCUCUACCUGAUCCCAGAUGACAUUUCUGUGAAGCAGGCCAUUGAAAGACAAGAGAUGAGCUGGAACUCAAAGCUUAUUCCCAAGCCUCCACCAUUCAGCCCUCUGUUCUUCGGCAACAGAUACGAGGUUUCCUGUAACACUAAAGUAAAGAUUAGACCUGAACCACACUUGCCAUUUUGCUACAAGAGUCCAAAGAAACAACAGUUCUUUGUUGAGAUCUACAUCAAGAAGAUGGCAGAGGAAAUUGAAUUCUUUAUUAGAGAUGGACAGAACGACACUGUGGUCUGGAGGGCAUCGCUGCGAUCAGGUGAUAUUAGUCUUUUGAGAAAUGUCUCCAAGACCCCCCCAGGUGCAGCCUUCAUGAAGAAGCACAAGACAGAGCUUUGUUCCAGGAUGGGGCAGCUCUCCUCCAUUCUACUAAAUUUAAGGGUUGAAGAUGUAAUCAACAGUGAAGAAGAAGAGGAGGUGCAGGCUCAAAAUACAAAACAAAAGAAGAAUCAAUUUCUGCUGGACCUAGCUGAGAAAAAAGGGCCCAAGGCCCAAGAGAAGCUCUUCCAGGUCCUGCAGAUGAAAGACCCAUUCCUUGUUGAAGACCUGGAGAACAGCUAAGACUGGGAAAGCAGACAGCUUUUGCUCUCAUUGCCACAUUUGUCAGGGAUUUGUCAGUGCCCGAAUCCUGGCCUUUCCAUGCAAAAUCCACGAUGCAAAGCAAUGCAAAAGCCUUUUGAGCCAUCAAGUGCCAGGCCUGCUUCCCUUACCUGACGCGCUCACUAGAAGCGGACAGCCAGUCACCACUGAGGAGCUGCUGGAACAAGAAACCUGGGUUCCUAAUCCAGCGCUCACGUUGUGAAGCCAUCUGCCUUCUGAGAACACAGGGCCUUUAUAAUUCCAGAUGCUCCAGGCAGCUGCUGGUCGAGGAGCUGUCAUCACAACAGGGACCUCACAGAGUCACAGAACUGUAGGGGUUGGAAGGGACCUUUGGAAAUCCCACAGUCCAACAGCAGCUUCCCUACAGUUUAUUACUCAGGAAAGCACCCAGGCAGGGUCGGAAUAUCUCCAGAGAAGGAGACUAUUCAGCUUCUUGGGGCAGAUUGUUCCAGUGCUCUGUCACCCUCACAGUGAGCGAUUCUAUGACUCUGUGAAAUCCAACCAUCAUCCUGACCGGUGUUUGUAACUAAUUUUGUUAUUACACGACAUUCCUUA